UUCGAAAAGACCAUUUUGUGGGAACCCUGUCCUCGUUGGACUUUUCCCCCUUCUUUCUUCUUCUCCCAUUUCUAUAAUCUGUGUAUUUCCUAUUUGUUUAGGGGCAAACGACGUGUCGGAUUCACCUAUCUCCGACGACCAUACAUUCACUAGAGGAAGAGUAGGCAAAAAAGGAGGCUCUGUGUUUCUCUCUGGAUUACGGUGUGGUUUCGAUUAAGAGAUAUCGAAACGAGGGGUGGAGAUUUUGUGGAAUUUAAUUAAGAGAUGGAUUCGGUAAAGCCGUCUGCUGUAUCUUCGAAGAAGAGCAAGCUCGCUCGUACUUUUGCGAAAGUUCUUCACAUUCGAAUGUUGAGUGGAGUUUCAGCAGUCGAUGGAGUCGAGAAAGGUAAACGGAUGCCGGUGGUUAAGAAUAAUGGUGUAGCGGAUAGUGAAUCGGAUUCGUUUGAUUGCAGUGAUGAAGAUCAGCAAGAGAGAGGUGCAAUGGAAGCAUUCCUUGCAAAAUUGUUUGCUAAUAUUACAGCUUUGAAAGCUGCUUAUGCUCAAUUACAGUAUGCACAAUGUCCGUUUGAUGUUGAUGGGAUCCAACUUGCGGAUCGAAGUAUCGUGUCGGAGUUGAAGAGUUUGUCUGAACUUAAACGAUGUUUUGUUAAGAAGCAGUUUGAUCUUCUUCUGCCCGAGACUGCAAUGUUGUCAGCGGAACUUGUCGAGCAAAAGAGUGUUGUGAAACUGUAUGAAAUUUCAGUGAAGAAGCUGAACUCUCAGGUGAGACUUAAGGACUCUGAGAUUAUAUUUCUCAAGGAGAAGUUGGAGGAAGCGAAGAGCAACACUAAGGUUCUAGAGAAGAGGAUGAAUCAAAGCGGACCACUCGAAAACCUUCAGCUUUCUGCUAUAAACUCGAAUCACAUGGCUCGAGUCCUUCGUCAUACGGUUAAAACCAUUAGAAGUUUUGUCCAAUUGUUGAUUGAUGAGAUGAAAUGCUGUGGUUGGGAUAUUGGUGAAGCUGCCUCUGCAAUCGAACCACACAUAGUUUACUUCAAAGAAGAGCAUAAAUGUUACGCUUUCGAGGCGUUCGUAUGCCGAGUAAUGUUUGAGGGCUUCCAUUUCCCCAACUUUGCUCUUCCAAACGAGUCCCUACCACCCGACAAGAAUCAGCAGAAGAAGCUAUACUUGAGGAGGUUUGCCGAAACAAAAUCAUUAAAAUCCAAAGAGCUCAUUGGACAUGGCCAGAAGCCCAAUUCGACAUUCGCCAAAUUCUGCCGUGUCAAGUAUUUGCAGCUAAUACACCCUAAAAUGGAGUCGUCGUUGUUCGGGAACUUGAACCAAAGAAGCCUAGUGAGUGCAGGUAAAAUCCCAGAGACUGCAUUCUUUGCCACAUUUGCAGACAUGGCUAGAUGGGUGUGGCUUCUCCAUUGCUUAGCCUUCUCCUUUGAACCGGAGGCAUCAAUCUUUCAAGUAAACAAAGGAUGUCGAUUCACCGACGUGUACAUGAAAGCUGUAACGGAAGAAAUCUUCUUCCUUUCCACACAACCCGACCUUGGAGUGGCAUUCACCGUCGUACCCGGAUUCUUCAUUGGUAAAACUAUAAUACAAUGCCAAGUUUACCUAUCUCAAUCACAACAACAACAUCAUCAUCAUCAUAACCCUGUCCAGACAAAACAAAGGUAAGUUUAUGAAGAAAAAAAAAGAGGGAAUUCUUCUUCUUACAGAUUUGUUAAAAUUACAAGAUCUGGUGGGAUCAAAAAAAGAAGUAAAAAACUUGAAACCAGAUUGUUCUUUGGGGACAACACAAUCUUAAAUGCUAUAUUGUUUUGCUAUGCUAAAGAACAGCAAGAUGCAAGACCUUCAAUUUUUUUGCCCUCAGUUUUGUUAAACUAUUUUGCAUCUUGGUUUUUUUUUCUUUUUUUUCUUUUUUUGUAUAUAAUAUAUAAAGAAAAGAAAAUUGUCAUUUGUUUGUA